CAGUGACGUAGCAGUAAAUGAAAAACAGGGCGCUCCGCUGCUGGCAGUGAGUAUUAAAGCGUCCCUGUGAGAAGGAGCAGAAAAGAGAGAAAAGCACCGGGUAAACAUUGACGAGUGAAGCAGGAGCUAUGAACACAGACAGCAUGCCUCUGCAGGAGCUGCCCUGCCUCAGCCUCCAGGGCUCCAUGCUGGCUCAGUCCCACAAGCGUAAGUCCAGACACUGCCCGAGUGAGGGUCUGGACACAGAGUGCACCCCGACAGAUCUCAUCCUGCAGAGCUCGCCCCGACACAAGCUGCAGCGGCUCGUCGGCAAAGGCAAAGAAAACGACUGCGGGCACUUUGUUCUGGCCAAGAGGCCGAGGAGGAAGAAGGAGCCCACGUCAGCAAUUUCGUGGGACCACCUACCAGACGAGCUGCUUCUCAAGAUCCUCUUCUGCCUCCCCCUGCAGGAUCUCCUCAGGAUGUCCAGAAUCUGCAAACGCUGGCACCGUUUAGUGUUGGACGAGUCGCUGUGGCACAGCGUGGAUCUGGAGGGUUUGACUCACAUGGAUUCAGCUCUGCGGCAGGUUCUGAAAACAGGGCUCCGCAGGCUGCGCUGCCCUCGCUCCUUCAUGGAGGAGCUGCACCUCCCAGGCUCAGGGCCUCUACAGCUGGUUCAGAUGGAUCUGUCCAGUUCCAUCAUCCCCACCUCAGCUCUGGAGAGCAUCACCCGUCGAUGCAGUGAGCUGGUGUGUCUCAGUCUGGAGGGUCUGCCGCUCUCUGACGCCGUCAUCGAUUCUUUGGCUAAGAACACAAACCUGCUGCAGCUGAAUCUGAGCGGCUGCUCUGGCUUCUCUGCUGCUGCCGUCGCUGACAUGAUCAAAUCCUGCUCCAGUGUGGAGCAGCUGAACUUGUCCUGGUGUGAGUUCAGCACUUCUCACGUGAAGAGCGUGGUCACAAACCUGAGCUCCAGCGUGACACACCUCAACCUCAGCGGCUACAGAGAGAGUCUGAAUCUGGACGAUGUGAAGGUGCUGGUGGUCCGAUGUCCUCGCAUUCAAACUCUAGAUUUAAGUGACAGCACUCUGAUCAUGGCCGACAGCUUCCCCGUCCUGGCUCAACUCAAACACCUGCAGCAUCUGUCCCUGAGCCGCUGCUACCACAUCCACCUCGCCGCUCUCACUGACCUCGGCAAGACGCUGCCCUCGCUGUCCCUGCUGGACGUCUACGGCCUCGUCCCCGACAACCAGCUGGCCACGCUGAAGAAAGAGCUCCCCCGCAUCUCCGUCAACUCGCGGCCGUUCUCCGGCGUCGCCCGGCCCACGCCCGCGAGCACGCUCGUCGGCGCCGUCAGCGGUGACCGCAGCAUGUAUGGCAGCAGGUGUCGGCUGAGGUUCACACUGUAAAUCACAGCACACUCACUCACUCACUCACUCACAGACAGGGGUCAGUAUUUCCUGCUGCUACAGAAACUGCCUUUAAUGUUUGCUGCUUUCACAGAACUGAGUCGCAGAGUGAACCAAAAUGACUCUUUUUUUUUUUUAUCAAAAAAAGGGAUAAUCCGGACUUUUAAAUGUGGUAUAUAAGCUGCAGACAUUGUCUCCUGUGAUUUUAGUCAUGUGACAAAAGACUCGCCAGCGGGGACAACAGGACAAACCGAUUUUACCAGCUUCACAAAAACGCUCACCUCAAUAAAUUCAUGCUAGCCUAUAAUAUCUUUAGAAUCUUUAGAAAAGUGCUAUUUGAAUAUUCUAGUGCACGAGAGAUGCAUUCAAAGACCCUGGUACAUUUCCAUCUCUUCUGCUGGAUCUACAGUGGUGUUGAGUGUUUAAAGGAGCAGCUUUGAGAUGCAUUCAGGGAACCUUAUGAAAUAUCAUCACUUGCAAACCUUGUGGUUCAUAUGUAGACGUGCAACAAAUAAGGUUGUCACUAGAGAAGAGAUUUGUUUUUAUACAAGUGCGAUCAUUGAUAAAAACAUUUUUUUUGUAUCUUUUUAAAUAUAUGAGAAUGUUCAUGGUAACUGACUUUUUAAAAAAAAAAUCAAGCUAAUCAAUCUCAUAUCCGUCCUGAGCUUCAUCGGAGCUACAGACAGACUUUCUUUCUCCAGAAAACUUAAGUUUGAAUCACCUUCCCCACUCCAAACCCUAUAGAGAAAAUUAGUGAUUUUACACCACGACACACAGGAGUGGUUGAUCCACUGCUGCCUCCAUGGUUCAGUUUACAUGUUAUUCUAUGAAAUCCUUUGUUCUGAUUCAUACACGUGAAAAAAGGCCAGCAGUGAAACAGUGCGCUAAAAAUCACUGAUUCUGAGAGUGAGACUUUUAACACCGAGACAAAGCAGUGAACGUGUUCUUAAAGUGGCAGACGUCGUAUGAGGUGAGCCUGUUUUAUUAAGUAGCUAAAGUCCUGUUUGUCCCCGUGGCCCCGCUAACUUAUCUUUCCACUGAAAGCGUGACUGCCACUAUGUUUUUUGAGCCUUAUGUUGCUUGUGUAACUUUGAUCACUGUAUGAUUCAUUUUCUUCCUCACAGUAAACACAACUGGCGAUUCCUCUCGUGAUGCUAAUGCUAAGCUCACGGUCGUAGUAUACUAAACUUGAAUCAAGUGACACACGCACACACAAACAUUGGGACGUUGGAAGUCUCAUCACUAAUGAUUGGUAUUUACGAUGUCUAUACAUCACAUUACUUGAAUUUUUUGCGCUCAAGUUCAAAUAUUUAAAAUCAAGCUGCUGAAGCAAACGACGAGGAUCCUGUGACGCGACCCACGCGAAACUUGAAAUAUGAGGAAUAUUGAACACUUGAACUAUCCCUUUAAGUAGGAAAAAAGAAAGCGUCGAUGUAAAUGUUGAAUCGGGGUUCGUGUUUUAAUGUCUGAACAGAGUGUUAUUGAAUAUUUCUGACGUUUUAUUGUGAUGUUGAGUUGACUUGUUUUUUGUUUUGUUUUUUAAAUCGGAAAAAAGUUUUUAUGUAAAAAAGAUGCCGUCGUUUUUUUUAUCUCCACAUUUUCCAAAUGUUAACUUGAAACUUGACUCGCUGUGUCACUGUUUUUCCAUCAUGAUGUCAUCACGUGGCUGUCGAUGGAAAACAAGUUUGUAUUAAUUUCCCGAGUAAAUCAACUGAAUUUGAUUUCUCCAAUUACUUGAAUUUGGUUGUUAGAGAAUAAAAAGUUAAUUUGGUAA